AAGACAGUCUGGACGAGAACGAAAGGAAACCUCCCUCCUACGCACUUUCAUCCGACCCGCCUUCACCAAAUAGGCAUAUAAGACUACUCGACAUGAGUCACCGGCACUUUACUACAAACCACUUCAAGAGUUCGCAACAAGAGAGAAGCAAACAAACUAACAACAGGACAUGUUUCCAGAAAUGGAGUGCGGAAUCUGCUACCGAACUUACAACCUCGGUCGGCGGUGUCCUCGACAGCUGUGCUGCAAACACACGUUUUGCGAGAGCUGCUUGGUGACGCUCUGGCGGUUCGCCGAGAGCCCCGAGCCCCGGAUAAUGUGUCCGCUGUGCCGUCACUCCACGCCGCUGUCGGAGGAGAGAAUCCAAGAGACCCUGCCGGUAGACGAGGACGUUUGUGCGCGGCUUGUAACCGCGGGCUGCGCGGAGGAAUGCGCGGAGGACGACGAAGACACCGAGGAGCCCAAACGGGACGCGGUCAUCCCACCAAAAGAGGAUCUUUCUCCGCCGCCAAGAUCGCGUAAAAGACGCCUGAUGAAAUGUUUAAGUCGCCUGUGUCAGAAAGUCACCGGGGAUGUACGGACAAAUUGUAUGACUGAUGAAGACUUGAGGGACCUGGCAAUGAUGUCCUGCCACAUGAUGUGAAAGACCAGAUUUCAAGUUGUCAAGUGUCACUUGGGUAAUCUGAACGCCAAAAGAUGUAACCACACAUGAUUUAAGGGAGCAGAUGUAAUCAUUUAAGAAUCCUCUGUUGAAAAACACUGGUUUACUGCUGAACUGAACAUUUGGGUGGAUGUGUCCCCUCCAGUGUUUGAGGGGGUCACUGCCCUGUCUCGAGGUUAUGGAUGGCAGUCUGCAAUGGAAACCUAUAGAUGACAUGUGUCAUGAGCUUUGGAAUGUCAGCGCCUGGGAAGCACAACUGUUUGUUGUUGGGUGUGACUUGCUGUCACCAUAACAAAAAUGUAGGGUUGUUCCAGAGAAAUCUAUAAACACAGCAACAAAAACAAGUCUUUUUUUUUUUUUUAAAUGAACUACACUUCCUAUAGAUCAUUUGUUUCAGGCCAGUAUGUUUUUGUUGCUGUUUCUUUUCUGUUACAAAAUCAUAUACUCAACCAGUUUCUCCUUUUUAAAUUAUUGCAACUUAAUGAUUUUUGAAAAAUUUCUAUGAAAUAUUACCUGUAUUUAUUCUGUCUAUUAAGUUUAAUUAGAAGGAGUAUUUCAGUGUUACAUUUGUAUCAAAUGCAAGAGCCAUAAUUAUGUUUGUCUUUUCAUGAUCACAAAUUAAUUUUAUAUGUAUUUAUAAGUAUUUGUGUUUUUUGUUUUUUAAAGAAGAAAAUAUAGAAUGACUGUAUAAUGCUAUGUUUGUACCAAAUAAAAUAUUUUUAUAAUUUUUA